GUCACGUUCCGUCGGGAUCGGAAAUAUUUUGUGAAAGUUGCAGAAUUCCCAUUUAUCUUUCGCAUUGUGAUAUCGUGAAGUUUUAUUUAUUUUAGAGAUAGUGCAGUGAGGAAUAACAGCCGAUAUCAGGACAAGGCGUUUUGCAGAUCGACUCCAUCGACCAUAUGACGCGUGUUCAUCUAUUUUGAAUAAGUUUUUGUAAUACCAUGUCUUCGAAGGCCAUUUACGAAGCUCAGGGAAAGGACCUGAUUAACAGGCAUAUACCCACCGGCACAGCGUUGGUGCCAUGUCGGUACGCUGUCUUUGAAAAAGGCACUAUUUGGGAGGAUGAACUUGGAAGGAAUCCGUGGCUUAGCAAAGAGCAACUCGUCGUAAAGCCAGAUCAGUUGAUCAAGCGUCGUGGUAAACUGGGCCUCGUUGGUGUCAACAAGAACGCCGCAGAAGUUCGGAAAUGGAUCAGCGAACAUUGCGGCAAAGAGCAGAAAAUUGGGGCUGCUGUGGGUAAACUUAGAAGAUUUGUGGUGGAACCAUUCGUCAAACAUGAUCCGAGCGAAGAGAUGUACCUGUGCAUCCAAUCUGGUCGUAGAUCUGACACCAUAAUGUUCCAUCAUCAAGGUGGAGUGGAUGUUGGAGACGUUGAUGCAGUGGCUAUAAGACUUGAAGUUCCAGUUGACACGUUUCCGACUGGUGAAGAGAUUGACAGUGUUCUUAUGAAGAACGUCAAGUCACCGGCUGUUAGGCGGAUCCUUACCACAUUCAUUCUGUCACUCUACCGAGUAUUCGUGGACCUAUGCUUCACAUACAUGGAGAUAAACCCCAUAGUGGUGACCAAUGAGCGUAUAUAUCUUCUGGACUUGGCCGCCAAGUUGGACCAGACCGCUGACUUCCAGUGCGCCAAGAAUUGGGGUGAAGUCACCUUCCCACCACCUUUUGGAAGGGAUGCUUACCCGGAGGAGGCCCAUAUUGCCGACUUGGAUGCUAAGAGCGGGGCUAGUUUGAAGCUAACUGUCCUAAACAAAUCUGGUCGUAUAUGGACUAUGGUGGCCGGUGGUGGGGCUUCCGUGGUCUAUACUGAUACAGUGUGCGCCCUUGGUGGCGCUGCUGAGUUGGCAAAUUAUGGAGAAUAUUCUGGUGCACCCACCGAGAGUCAAACCGCCGACUAUGCGAAGACAAUAUUCAGCUUGAUGUGCAGGGACAAGCAUCCGAACGGCAAGGUUUUGAUAAUUGGAGGUGGAAUCGCCAACUUCACGAAUGUGGCUGACACAUUUCGUGGAAUCAUCACAGCUAUAGAGACAUACAAGGACGCGUUAAUACAAUACAAUGUCACAUUGUUCGUGAGACGGGGCGGACCCAAUUAUCAGGAGGGACUUCGUCAAAUGCGUGAAGUAGGACAUCGUCUACGUAUACCAAUGUACGUGUUUGGCCCGGAGGCGAACAUGACGUCCAUCGUUGGUUUGGCUUUGGGCCAAGCUCCAAUUCCGCCUGACCACCAGUUGGAUUAUGCGCCCAAACAACUGCCCAAACCCCAACCGGCUCCGGCACCAAAAAUCGAGUUGCCAGAAUUGACGAACUCGUUAUUGGACCUAGUUUGCUCCCAAGCCCCCACCAGGAUGGACCUUGGACAGCAAGUAUCCACCGCAAGGCCUCUCUUCAGCGAUAGGACUAAGGCCAUCGUUUGGGGCAUGCAAAAUAGGGCCAUACAGGGAAUGUUAGACUUUGACUACAUAUCUCGACGCUCGGAGCCGUCUGUCGUAGCUAUAGUGUACCCGUUCACGGCUGACCAUAAACAAAAAUACUAUUUUGGAAAUAAGGAAGUUUUCAUACCUGUAUUCUGCGACAUGGAUGUGGCGAUGAGGAAGCACCAAGAAGCAACUGUUCUGGUGAACUUUGCAUCUUUGCGGUCAGCAUUCGACAGUACUAUGCAGGCGAUGCAACAUCCACAAAUCAACACAAUCGUCAUCAUAGCUGAAGGUAUUCCAGAGAACAUGACGAGGAAGAUCAUUAAACUCGCUGAUGCUAGAGGGGUAAAUAUUAUUGGUCCAGCGACAGUGGGCGGCAUCAAACCUGGAUGCUUCAAAAUUGGUAACACAGCUGGUAUGAUCGACAAUAUUAUUGAAAGCAAGCUUUAUAGGCCUGGAAGUGUCGCCUACGUUUCCCGUUCAGGCGGUAUGAGUAACGAACUAAACAACAUACUCUCUAAACACGCUGAUGGCGUCUGUGAGGGCGUGGCUAUUGGUGGAGACAGAUACCCGGGGACCACAUUUAUUGAUCAUUUGUUGAGAUUCGAAGCAGAUCCGAAUGUCAAAAUGCUGGUACUCCUGGGUGAAGUGGGUGGAGUCGAAGAGUACCAUGUGUGUCGUGCAAUCCGCGAUGGACUGAUCACGAAACCCAUGGUCGCCUGGUGUAUUGGAACCUGUUCAGACAUGUUCACAUCAGAGGUUCAGUUUGGGCACGCGGGUUCGCUCGCUGGUUCCGCGUUGGAGAAGGCAGUUGCGAAGAAUGCGUCGCUACAGAAGUACGGAGUCACUGUGCCGGAGUCGUUUGAUACCCUCGGUGAUGCUGUGAACAAGGUUUACUUGAAACUGGUGAAAGAAGGCAAAAUCAUCAAGAAGGAGGAAGUAGAACCUCCCAAAGUACCAAUGGACUAUGACUGGGCUAGGAAACUUGGUAUCAUCCGAAAACCGGCGGCCUUUAUAAGCACGAUUUGUGACGAGAGAGGCCAGGAGUUGAACUACUGCGGUGUACCAAUCAGUCAGGUCCUGGAGAGGCAAUUGGGUGUCGGUGGAACUAUCAGUUUGUUGUGGUUCCAAAGAGAGUUGCCGGAGUGGGCUUGCAAGUUCUUCGAGCUCGUGUUGAUUGUGACGGCGGACCAUGGCCCCGCAGUCUCUGGGGCCCACAACACUAUGGUCACAGCCAGGGCCGGAAAGGACUUGAUAUCGUCUAUUGUCUCUGGACUUUUGACAAUUGGAGACCGUUUCGGUGGGGCAUUGGACCGAGCUGCGAUUGACUUCUGCUCGGCCUACGACCGCGGUCAACAUCCGCAGGAGUUCGUCAACGAGAAACGGGCUAAGGGCGAGCUCAUUAUGGGCAUUGGGCACAGGGUUAAGUCCAUAAACAAUCCGGAUUCCCGCGUACGCGAGCUCAAGGCGUACGUGACGUCACGAUGGCCCGCCUGGCCCGUCACGCGGUACGCGUUGGACGUGGAGGCCAUCACCACUCGGAAGAAGCCCAACUUGAUCCUGAACGUGGACGGCAUCAUCGCCGCGGCCAUGGUUGAUAUGUUCAGGCACUGUCAGCUGUUCACUCAGGAGGAAGGCAACAACUACAUACAAAUGGGCUCAAUCAACGCGUUGUUCGUUCUUGGCAGAACGAUCGGCCACAUUGGUCAUUAUCUCGACCAGAAGAGGAUGAAGCAGCCGCUGUACAGGCACCCGUGGGACGACAUCACCUACAUGUCGCCACUUAACUAAAUGUGGGUAGUCUUUAAAAAUUUAGUAAAAUACAGGAGGGUACUUGCAAAUAAAGAGGACAUAGUCGAAAUUUGUACUCGAUAUUUUUUUUAAUGCACAGAUCUUGUUAUAUGUAAAACAAUUUGUUGGUAAUUGAUAAAUAAUUUGUGGUAAGCCCCCUGUUGCAGAAAUGAUUUAAAAGUCAUAGACAAUGUUCUAUACUCGUUGUUGUUGUAAGAAAUGUAAUAGAAUUGUUUUCGACCAUUCACAUCUUUUGCUGUUGGUGCUCAUGUUUAUGUAUUUUUGAAGAUUUAUUAAUAAAUUGACAGAAACUUCCAAUACUACCGUCAUUUUAAUAAAAAUGUAGUGAUUAUAGUGUCACAAAUUUACUCAAAGUUAUUUGUUGGUCAGUUGAUACAGUCUCAUAUAGUCUAAUACAACGCGAAUGACGCCAUCUUUAUUUAUGGGCCGUUUAAGUAUGACGUAAGCACUAUUUGGGGGGGGGGGAUAUCUUGGAUUUUUUUCUUUCUUAUUUGGUGAUUACGUCAACAGUAUUUACUUUUUUUCACAUUGUCUAUGCUUCUAAUGAAAUACCUUUUCGAGUAUUUCUACUAGAAAUAAAGCUUUGCUUACUUUUGCUGACAAUGGGGGGGGGAUUACAGUAAACCUACUUACGUAAUACUUGAACGGUCCCUAAAUAGUAUUUUGGUAAUUUAAUGACGUCAUUUUUAUUAAUGGCUAUUAUUUACCUGUUCUUGGUACAAAAUGGCGCUUUGAAUUCUUGUUCUGUUAUUCAAUUUUGUUUCUUGCUUUCUAAUCUUUCUUCACAGCGCCAUCUGUUGUAUUGUGUAAACUCUUAAACAUUCCUUGUUAUGAAACAUUUCGAUGUAACCUCGACGUUUCACACAAGGCCUGAAACAUUCCCUGCGUUGAAAGCGUAGAUUUCACAGUGACAUUUCACAUUUUGACGAUGUUUUGAAACAGAUGGAAAAUGUACAUUUUUUAAUUUGUAAUAAUUUCAGAUGUUUGAAGUGGAAAAUUGACAUAAUAUUUAAAUGAAAUUAUUUGAAAUAUAUAGAGUGGAUGCAGUGGGAUUUAUUAAUAAUUAAUUUCAUAUUUCGCAUGUAUAUUUGCUAUGAAAAUUAAAGAUGGUCGCUCUUUGACAAAUUCCAACAACCAUACUAGCUGUAACGACCAAAUGACCAGAAAAGGUGACACAGAUUAUAUAUUUCACAUGUUAAGCGCUGUCACGCGACCAUGCAUUUGACUAGCAUGGCCACGGGACCAUGCCUUUGAAAAUAAAAUACGGCAACGCCUGCUGCAAACGACUUUCGUUUCCACUCUAUAUAUUAUUGGUUAUUUUUUCUUAGAUAUAAAUUUAGAUAAGUGCUUGGGUUCGUGGGGUCGUAAAUGCUCAGAAUUUAUAACUGAUGUGCAAAGAAUAGAUUUUAUAUAUAAUAAAGGAAAAUUUUAAAAAUUUGCACAAAUGUAGUGUCGCACUUUUAAUAGAUUUUAGAAUGAGAAAUUAUUUUUUGAAAGCGGAUUUAUUAUUUUUUUAUUAAUCAAGUCUAUGGUUAGUUGCAGAGUUAAUACAACGAUAUAAGCGGACACUAAACAUGUAUUGACAGCCCACAUUCUUUUUUAAAUUCUAAUUAACUUUUUCUUACUGAUAUAAAGUCGUUUUGGCACCAGUUUGACAUU